CUUUCCCUUCCUCCCCUUUUUAUUAUUAUUAUUAUUAUUUCACUAAAUAAUGGCAGGGAGAAAGAUAUAUCGUAUUGGUACUCGAAAAUCACAAUUAGCUCUUGUUCAAACUGAAAUUGUUAGAAAGCAUUUACAAGAUAACUUCCCAGACUUGGAGUUCCUUAUUGAACCUAUGUCAACGACAGGAGAUCGUAUCUUAAAUGUUUCUUUAAGUAAAAUUGGUGAAAAAUCUUUAUUUACAAAGGAACUUGAAGUAGCCUUAGCAGAGGGUCGAGUUGAUUUAGUUGUACAUAGUUUAAAGGAUUUACCUACCGUUUUACCUGAUGGGAUGUUUUUAGGAGCUGUCAUGGAACGUGAAAAUCCUAAUGAUGCGUUAGUAUUAUCUCCAAAGUUUAAAGGUCAUACAUUAGCCACUUUACCCAAAGGUUCUGUUAUCGGUACAAGCUCUCUUCGUCGUGUAGCUCAAUUAAAACGUAGAUACCCUCAUUUAGUUUUUAAGGAUACUCGCGGAAAUAUUAAUACACGUUUAGCCAAAUUAGAUAAUCCAGAAGGUGAAUACGCGGCUAUAGUAUUAGCAGUAGCAGGAUUAGUUCGAAUCAAUAUGGGGCAUCGUAUAUCACAAGUGAUUUCUUCUACAGAUUCAUUACAUGCAGUCUCUCAAGGUGCUUUAGGUAUAGAAUGUCGUGAAAAUGAUUUUGAUGUUCAUAAACUAUUAGAGUCUUUAAAUCAUCAUCCUACAUAUAUCAUGUGUUCAGCAGAAAGAUCAUUAAUGAGGCAAUUAGAAGGUGGCUGUAGUGUUCCUAUCGGUGUUAACUCAAGUAUAAAAGAUAAAAUCUUGUCUUUACAUGGCUUAGUCUCUACUCUCGAUGGUCAAAGGGUAGUUGAAUUUGAAGAUCAUAUCUCCUUGGAGAAUUCAAAAUCAGAUAAGGACGAUUUCGCACUAGCAAGUAAAUUGGGCAUCCAUGUAGCUAAAGAACUAAUCAAAAGAGGUGCUGAUACAAUUUUAGCUGAAUUAGCUCAUUAAAACAAACCAAGAAAAAAAAAAGAAGGACUUUGUACUCUUGACGUUGUCUAUUAUUCUAUAAUAAUGUCAACUAUUUGUAUUCUUUAUAUAGACUUG